AUGUUCUGGCGUUUCGGGGGAUACGCAAAUAUCUCCACCGUCGAUACCCUCCUUGACAAACCCGAUGUCACGCUCGAAGAAUUGCUGGAUGAGCCGGAGCUCAUCCAGGAGCUCAAACAGCAUAAUACGAAACUCAUAGAGUAUUUGCGCGAGAAGGACGCUGCUGCGAAAGAGGAGGGGCUGGCCAAACCCAGGGAUGAGAUCCUGGAGCCUGAGGACCUCGAGAAAGCAGAAAAGCAGCGUCUGAAAUAUGCCUAUGUCGCUUGCGAAAUCCUGUCCUCGGAGACCUGGUCGAUCCUGGAGUCGAUGAUGGUCAAUGAGGCCUUUCUCCGGGACUUUUGGGAAUUCCUGAAACGGCCCGCGCCACUGGACUCGCUCCAAGCAGGCUAUUUUACGAAAGUCAACGAGGUGUUGUUUGACAAAAAGACGGAGGAAAUGCUGGAAUUCUUCAAGUCCUUGGAGGGAAUCGUCCCAGCGAUGCUGCAGCAUGUCGAUAACCCCAUGGUCAUGGAUCUGCUCUUGAAGAUCAUCAGUCUGGAGAAGGUCGAGGGUGGUCAGGGCAUUGUGGAAUGGUUGAAGAGUCAGAACCUUAUCCCCAUUCUUCUCUCUUACCUGUCCCCAGAGCAUCCCGCUUCUGUGCAGACAUCCGCCGGCGAUUUUUUGAAAGCGAUCAUCACCAUCUCGGCGAAUGCUACGCAGAAUGAGCAGUCUUGUAUUGGACCAAAUAGCCUUACACGACAGUUGGUGUCGGCGCCUUGUGUAGAGCAGCUUAUCUCUUACAUGUUGCAGGGGGGAAAUGCUCUUACGGUCGGUGUGGGUAUCGUAAUUGAGGUUAUUCGUAAGAAUAAUUCUGAUUAUGAUCCCGAGAAUGUGAAUGGGCCAGAUUCUCCACCCACCCUUUACGACCCUAUAUACCUGGGCACCCUUCUUCGACUGUUUGCCAAGCAUAUACCUGAUUUUAUGGAGUUGAUCCUCAGCGACAAGCAUGCGGUCAUCGAGGGAGGCCAGAAAAAGAUGGUUGACCGGGGGCAACUGAACUCGGCCUGGGGUACGAAGAUUGAGCCUCUCGGCUUUGACAGGUUUAAGACCUGUGAACUCAUGGCCGAACUCUUACAUUGCAGUAAUAUGGGCCUGUUGAAUGAGGUAGGCAGCGAGGACUAUAUCAGACAACGGGACGCGGAACGGGAACGAUUGCAACAACAAGGUGCUUUUGAUCCUCACAGAAAAGACGAAUCCCUUAUCGAUUACAACGAUACUGCCGGGGAUUUUGCCAACGGGUCUGCACUGGGUUCCCAAUCAGCAAGAGACCAGAAAGUACUCGAGGUGACCAACGCCGGCGAAGACGAUGGCUUCGAGGAUGUUGGGUCGUCGGAAGUGCUCGUAGAUGGAGCCAAGGAUGACGUGAGGGAUGCUGAAGAGGCCAAGGAGACGGGGACAGAGCCACGAAAUGUUUCCUCGCAGACGUCCAAGCUCGAUAUCAACAAUGAUCUUGUCGAUGAGCCGCUCACUACUUCUGACGACAAGCUGGACGCUCGUGGAGAUGCAUCUGCACCGUCACAGCCACAAUCCGCCGAUCCUGUGUCUCCGACUGCUUGCGGUCUGACCGACAAAGUUAGCGAGAUCAGGAUAGAUGCUGAAGAGGCAGUCCUCCAGGACUCUCAAUCACAGCCCCAGGAAUCUGCGGCUAGUGAGCCCGCUGGCUCGACCGCGGGACAAGAACAGCCCUCCGAUCUUGACAAGACCGCAUUGUCUCCUCAUCCAGAAGAUACGCCAGCUCCUCUGUUUGCCUCCCAGGCACAAUCAGAGCCCAAAACAUCGACUACGCCCGAGCCUGUGGAUUCCGAAAAUCCUCAACCGUCAGCACAAGGGCUGCCUGAAUCCAUCGGGGCUGGCAUCGCUCAUGCUGACGACGAAUUUGCCCCGCAAAUUCAAUAUGAUCUCAAUGGCCAGCCGGUGGUAGGAGAUUACCUGAAGAUCAUGUUUGUGGAACACAAAGUUGUUCCUACGAUUCUGCAAGUGUUCAAUGGGCCUAUGGACCGGGGAUUCAACCGGUCACUUGCCAUAGACUUGUUCGAGACCGGGCGCAUAACAGAGCAAAUUGUCGAAGGUCAAAGACGUAGUGACGAGGCCCAGGCGAGCAAGAAUAUGAGACUCGGGUACAUGGGUCAUCUUACGCUCAUAUCGGAGGAGGUGGUCAAAUUUACCGAACGCCACCCUCCUGAGGUCCUCUCGCAGACAGUGAUGGACAAGGUUCUGCACCGAGACUGGAUCGAUUACGUGGAAAAAACCUUGUCGGAGACCCGGGAGCGAGACAACGCGAUCCUGGGUGGUGUGCGCCCCGACGUUAUCGGUCAUCGCCAGUCCGUCCUCAACGCCGUGGGCGCAACACAAGGCUUCACCGGCUCGGCAGCUCUCGCAAACGCAGGGUUGAAUGGAGGCGCUGACGGAUCGAGCUUUGAUGGCUUCGAUGCCUUGCACCAGGGGAGUGUCUCCAGCGGCGCCUUUGGCUUGGGUGGCAGCAGUUCGCUGCUUAGCGGCUUCGGAAGCUCGAGCGAUGAUGAGGACGAGGAGAUGGAGGAUCAGGAUGAUGAGGAGGGCAGGGGUACCACCGAAGCCACCACGGAAGGUGAUUCAGAGAAUGCAACAUCCAGCUCCACGAGUCAACCGAUCCCAAUUCUGGCCCCGCCUCCAGCCCCUCUAAACUCCGGUCCAUCACGAGCUCGUCGCCAGCUGGCUGCUCGCCUUUUGUCCAAACAGCAGGCUGCAGAGGCGGCAGCGAACGCUGACAACUCUUCUUCGGACUCGGAGAAGAGCUCGACGAGUAGCGGGCAUGAUGGGGACGAUCAAUGGCAAUCAAAUCCGUUUGUCAUCGCCGGACUCGAAGAUGACAACAACUCUUCGCAUGCCUUUUCUUCUACCGAUUUUCCAUCGAUUGACCGGGACGACACGUUAUCGUCGCCUACCUUCCCACGCACGGGGUUCCCGCCGCCAGGGUCGCCGUCGACGAAUUCGUCUGAUGAGGCCAUCGACGAAUCCACAGAAGCUGUCAGACGAAAGGUGCGGAUCCCUCUGGAAGUCGAGGAUGAUGACGACGAGAUGGGUGAAAUGGUGGGCCCGAGCUCUGGAACGGACCUGAUGGACUCGGAUGAGGAGGAAGAGGCCAUUAUCAAUGAAUCUCUGGGAUACUCGAGUUUCUAUGGGCCCAGCCGGUAUGGCGGGUUUGGGCGAUCCUAUUCCAAGGAUGAGGGCGGCCAUUCGCUUUUCGAUGACGAUGCAGACGAGCACAACGAUAGCAGUGAUGGCGAAGACGAUGGAUUGGUUGAGAUCCUAGUUCCAGGCAAAAAGUCAUCCAGCGGAAGUUAA